CUUUUGCCAGCCCCUUGGCCCUGGGAAGCACGUUGGCCUUCUCGGGUGGUGGGCGCUGGGGUCAGGUGCCGGCGGGCGGCGGGGAUCUUCCCAGCUUGGCCUGCGUGGUUUCCGCGGGCUACCGGCCCAACCCUCUCAGAUUCAUUUGGAUUCAAAGUUGGCUCUCAACAGUGCCAGCUGCACUGUCAUCCUGAAGUACUCCUGUGGAAGAGAACAUGGUGGUGUUACUGUUGUGCCAGUGAUAACACAAGAUCCCAGACCUACCUGACGGGGUCUGACAGGGACCGAAGAUCAUGAAGCAAUAGCCUAAGGGACUGGCUGGCUUUGAGCAGGGCAUCAGAACCAGGUCUCCUGGCACUGGCCCCGGGGAGAGUGGAAGGUGCCUGCUUCGGGGCGAGCACCGGCUGAUCCCCAGUGGAACCCUGUGACAGUCCUGCCAGGGCCCAGGCCAUCCCAACCGACUUCCAUCUCAUGGAGCCUUCAGGUGAGAAGCCAGGAGAGGCUGGUGGGCUGCGAAUCACACCCCAGCUGCUGAAGUCACGCACAGGCGAGUUCUCCCUGGAGUCCAUCCUGCUGCUGAAGCUGCGUGGCUUGGGGCUGGCCGACCUGGGCUGCCUGGGAGAGUGCCUGGGCCUGGAGUGGCUGGACCUAUCCGGGAACGCGCUCACCCACCUGGGCCCACUGGCCUCCUUGCGCCAGCUGGCCGUGCUCAAUGUCUCCAACAAUCGGCUGACGGGCCUGGAGCCACUGGCCGCCUGUGAGAACCUGCAGAGUCUCAAUGCCUCGGGCAACCUACUGGCCACCCCGGGCCAACUGCAGUGUCUGGCUGGGCUGCCGUGCCUUGAGUACCUGCGGCUCCGAGACCCUUUGACCCGGCUCAGCAACCCACUCUGUGCCAGCCCCUCCUACUGGGCUGCAGUCCGGGAGCUGCUGCCUGGCCUGAAAGUCAUCGAUGGUGAGCGUGUGAUGGGGCGGGGUAGUGAGUUCUACCAGCUGUGCCGGGACCUGGACAGCUCCUUACGUCCCAGUUCCAGUCCAGGCCCCAGAGCCACUGAGGCCCAGCCCUGGGUGGAGCCGGGCUACUGGGAGUCCUGGCCCAGCCGGAGUGGCUCCAUCCUGGAGGAGGCCUGCAGGCAGUUCCAGGACACGCUGCAGGAGUGCCGGGACCUGGACCGCCAGGCCAGCGACAGCCUGGCCCAGGCCGAGCAGGCACUCGGCUCCGUGGGCCCCACCUCUUCCUUUGUCUUCUGAAUGCAGCUGUGGCCCAGGACAGCCAGGUGACCUUGCUGCCCACAGCUCCCCUCCCUGCCUCCACACUCGUCGUGGUUUCUUCACACUGGCCACUGGCCCUGCCUGCUGGGCUAUUCCUUUAUCCCUGUCCUGAGGGACGCCCCUCCCCACCCUCCCUCCACGUGCUGCAAGGACGCACUGAGGGGCCUUGAAAGGUGUAAAGGCCCCUACCACCUGUGAGCCUGUGUCCACAGCUGCUGCCACUUCGGGCUGCUCCAGCCUGAGACUUAGUGGAAGGAAUUACUUCCUCCUGAGGCUACAGGUGAGAAAGGUAGGGAUGGGCCAGCCUCCACUCCCAGCUGCUGGGAGAGUAGGCAGGCUGAGUGGCCAGCGCACUCCUGGAAGCAGAGCUCUCCCGCCUUGCAAAUGUGCCUCUCCAGGCUGGUCCUGUAUUUCCUGGGCACCUUCUCUGCCUGUUCUCGCCUGCACAUCUAUUAAAUGCUCCUGUUUUCAUUUGCA